UGGUGUGAGGACUCAAGGUUCCAAAAGGAGAUGGCCAAGAACAGAGAGUUGGAGACGGAAGUCAACAAGCUGCAGCAUGAGAAUAAGGACCUGGCCGCAAAACAUCAACGCCGGGAGACAGAGGUCAACAUGCUCCGGGAUGAGAUCAACGAUCUGGCCUUAAAACAUCAACGCCAGGAGACGGAGGUCAACAAGCUGCAGGAGAACAAGGACCCGGCGGCAGAAAUCUCCCGAGUCAAGGAAGCUCUUAAACUGAAGAAUGAAACCUACCAGCUCCUGAACCAGGAGUACGAGGAGCUGCUUGAAUGGUGUGAGGAAUCAAGGUUCCAAAAGGAGAUGGACAAGAACAGAGAGUUGGAGACGGAAGUCAACAAGCUGCGGGAUGAGAACAAGGACUUGGCCGCAAAAACAUCAAUGCCGGGAGACGGAGGUCAACAAGCUGCGGGAUGAGAACAGCUAUCUGGC